ACUUUGGGCGCGAGAGGGAAAUGGGGGAGAAAGUUUCGGAGGCGGCGGAGCCGGUGCCUCGCGGCUGCAGCGGCCACGGCCCCGAAGCUCCCGCCCCUGCGGUCGCCGCCGCGUCCUCGCCCGGCGCUUCCUCGGCCGAGUCCUCCUCGGGCUCAGAAACUCUGUCGGAGGAAGGGGAGCCCGGCGGCUUCUCCCGCGAGCAGCAGCCGCGGCCGCCGCCGCCGCCGGGCGGCGCCGGAGGUGCCCGGCCGCCCGCCGCGUGGGCUCCCGCGCGCGUGGUGCUUGAGCUUGGAGUCUGUGCGCCGCCGCCGCAGCUCCCCGGAGGAACCGCGCCACCCGCGCCCCGGGGCAGCAGCGCGUCCCAGGAGGAGCAGGAUGAGGAGCUUGACCACAUACUCUCCCCGCCACCCAUGCCGUUUCGGAAAUGCAGCAACCCAGAUGUGACUUCUGGCCCUGCAAAGUCACUGAGGUUUAAAAGACAGCUGAGUGAGGAUGGUCGAGAGCUGCGGCGGGGCAGCCUGGGAGGGGCUCUGACAGGGAGGUACCUCCUUCCAAACCCUGUGGCAGGGCAGGCCUGGCCAGCCUCCACGGAGACAUCCAACCUCGUGCGCAUGCGCAGCCAGGCCCUGGGCCAGUCGGCACCCUCGCUCACCGCCAGCCUGAAGGAGCUGAGUCUCCCCAGAAGAGGAAGUUUUUGCCGCACAAGCAACCGGAAAAGCUUGAUAGGCAAUGGACAGUCACCAGCAUUGCCUCGACCACACUCACCUCUCUCUGCUCAUGCAGGAAAUAGCCCUCAAGAUAGUCCAAGAAAUUUCUCCCCCAGUGCCUCAGCCCAUUUCUCAUUUGCACGGAGAAAUGACAGGACUGAUGGACGCCGCUGGUCCUUGGCUUCUCUCCCCUCCUCUGGCUAUGGGACAAAUACGCCCAGCUCCACAGUCUCUUCCUCCUCUUCCUCCCAGGAGAAGCUGCAUCAGUUACCGUACCAACCAACACCAGAUGAAUUGCACUUCCUGUCGAAACAUUUUUGUACUACCGAAAGCAUCGCCACGGAAAACAGAUGCAGGAACACACCCAUGCGCCCCCGCUCCCGAAGUCUGAGUCCUGGACGUUCUCCCGCCUGCUGUGACCAUGAAAUAAUUAUGAUGAACCAUGUCUACAAAGAAAGGUUCCCAAAGGCUACGGCUCAGAUGGAAGAACGUCUGAAGGAAAUUAUCACCAGCUACUCCCCUGACCAUGUUCUUCCUCUAGCAGAUGGAGUGCUUAGUUUCACUCACCAUCAGAUUAUUGAACUGGCUCGAGAUUGCUUGGAUAAAUCCCACCAGGGUCUUAUCACCUCACGAUACUUCCUUGAAUUACAGCACAAAUUAGAUAAAUUGCUACAAGAGGCUCAUGAUCGUUCAGAAAGUGGAGAAUUGGCAUUUAUUAAACAACUAGUUCGAAAGAUCCUAAUUGUUAUUGCCCGCCCAGCUCGGUUAUUGGAGUGCUUGGAAUUUGAUCCUGAAGAAUUUUACUACCUACUGGAAGCAGCAGAAGGCCAUGCAAAAGAAGGACAGGGUAUUAAAACUGACAUUCCCAGGUACAUCAUUAGCCAACUGGGGCUCAAUAAGGAUCCUUUGGAAGAAAUGGCUCAGUUGGGAAACUAUGAUGGUGGGACAGCAGAAACACCAGAAACAGAUGAAUCAGUGAGUAGCUCUAAUGCUUCCCUGAAACUUCAAAGGAAACCUCGGGAAAGUGAUUUUGAAACGAUUAAAUUGAUUAGCAAUGGAGCCUAUGGGGCAGUCUACUUUGUUCGGCAUAAGGAAUCCCGGCAGAGGUUUGCUAUGAAAAAGAUUAAUAAACAGAACCUCAUCCUCCGCAAUCAGAUCCAGCAGGCCUUCGUGGAACGGGAUAUACUGACUUUUGCAGAGAACCCCUUUGUCGUCAGCAUGUAUUGCUCCUUUGAAACAAGGCGCCACUUAUGCAUGGUCAUGGAAUACGUGGAAGGGGGUGACUGUGCUACAUUAAUGAAGAACAUGGGACCUCUCCCUGUUGAUAUGGCCAGGAUGUACUUUGCCGAGACGGUGCUGGCCUUGGAAUAUCUACAUAAUUAUGGAAUUGUACACAGGGAUUUGAAACCAGACAAUUUGUUGGUCACCUCCAUGGGGCACAUAAAGCUGACAGAUUUUGGAUUAUCCAAGGUGGGACUAAUGAGCAUGACUACCAAUCUCUAUGAGGGUCAUAUCGAGAAGGAUGCUCGAGAGUUCCUGGACAAACAGGUCUGUGGCACACCUGAAUACAUUGCACCAGAAGUGAUUCUGAGGCAGGGCUAUGGGAAGCCAGUGGACUGGUGGGCCAUGGGGAUUAUCCUCUAUGAAUUUCUUGUUGGAUGCGUGCCAUUCUUUGGGGAUACUCCAGAAGAGCUAUUUGGACAAGUCAUCAGUGAUGAGAUCAACUGGCCAGAAAAGGACGAGGCGCCACCCCCCGAUGCCCAGGAUCUGAUUACCUUGCUUCUUAGGCAGAAUCCCCUGGAGAGACUGGGAACAGGUGGUGCCUACGAAGUCAAAAAGCAUCGAUUCUUCCGUUCUUUAGACUGGAACAGUUUGCUGAGACAGAAGGCAGAAUUUAUUCCCCAACUGGAAUCCGAGGAUGACACAAGUUAUUUUGAUACUCGAUCAGAGAAGUAUCAUCACAUGGAGACAGAGGAAGAAGAUGACACAAACGAUGAAGACUUUAAUGUGGAAAUAAGGCAGUUUUCCUCCUGUUCACACAGGUUUUCCAAAGUUUUCAGCAGCGUAGACCGAAUAACUCAGAAUUCCAGAGAAGAGAAGGAAGACCCUGGAGGCAAAACGAAAAGCACAGCAUUGCCAUCCACAGAAACAUUCAGCUGGAGUUCGGAAUGUUCCGAAAUGCAACAGUUAUCCACAUCCAACUCUUCAGAUACUGAAAGCAACAGACAUAAACUCAGUUCUGGCCCACUUCCCAAACUGGCUGUUUCAACAGAGGCAGAGAAAGACGAGGCUGCCCCCUGCCCCAGAGACCUGCCGGAGGAGCCAGGAAAGCCAGCCCUUCCUCCUGCAGAGAGUGCUCAGGAGGAGCCCGAGGUCACCACGCCCGCCAGUACCAUCAGCAGCUCUACGCUGUCGGUUGGCAGUUUUUCAGAGCACUUGGAUCAGAUAAAUGGACGAAGCGAGUGUGUGGACAGUACAGAUAAUUCCUCAAAGCCCUCCAGUGAACCCGCUUCUCACAUGGCCCGGCAGCGAUUAGAAAGCACAGAAAAAAAGAAAAUCUCGGGGAAGGUCACAAAGUCCCUUUCUGCCAGUGCUCUGUCCCUCGUGAUCCCAGGAGAUAUGUUUGCUGUUUCUCCCCUGGGAAGUCCAAUGUCCCCCCAUUCCCUGUCCUCGGACCCUUCUUCUUCACGAGAUUCCUCUCCCAGCCGAGAUUCUUCAGCAGCUUCCGCCAGUCCACAUCAGCCCAUCGUGAUCCACAGUUCCGGGAAGAACUAUGGUUUUACCAUCCGAGCCAUCCGGGUGUAUGUGGGAGACAGUGACAUCUAUACGGUGCACCAUAUUGUUUGGAAUGUAGAAGAAGGAAGUCCAGCAUGCCAGGCAGGACUGAAGGCUGGGGAUCUGAUCACACACAUCAAUGGAGAACCGGUGCAUGGACUUGUCCACACGGAAGUUAUAGAGCUCUUGUUGAAGAGUGGAAAUAAGGUGUCAAUCACUACUACCCCAUUUGAAAACACAUCAAUCAAAACGGGACCAGCGAGGAGAAACAGCUAUAAGAGCCGGAUGGUGAGGCGGAGCAAGAAAUCUAAGAAGAAAGAAAGUCUAGAAAGGAGAAGAUCCCUUUUCAAAAAACUAGCCAAGCAACCUUCUCCUUUGCUCCACACCAGCCGAAGUUUCUCCUGCUUGAACCGGUCCCUAUCAUCAGGGGAGAGCCUCCCAGGUUCCCCCACUCACAGCUUGUCUCCCCGGUCCCCCACGCCCAGCUAUCGCUCCACCCCCGACUUCCCAUCCGGUACUAAUUCCUCUCAGAGCAGCUCCCCAAGCUCUAGCGCCCCCAAUUCCCCAGCAGGGUCAGGACACAUCCGGCCCAGCACCCUCCAUGGUCUGGCCCCCAAACUCAGCGGACAGCGCUACCGGUCCGGAAGGCGGAAGUCGGCUGGCAGCAUCCCCCUCUCCCCGCUGGCCCGGACCCCCUCUCCAACGCCACAGCCCACCUCCCCCCAGCGGUCACCAUCCCCUCUGUUGGGACAUUCCCUUGGCAAUCCCAAGAUCGCUCAGGCCUUUCCCAGCAAAAUGCACUCCCCUCCCACCAUCGUCAGACAUAUUGUGAGGCCCAAGAGCGCAGAGCCCCCGAGGUCCCCGCUGCUCAAGCGCGUGCAGUCAGAGGAGAAGCUCUCCCCCUCCUAUGGCAGUGACAAAAAGCACCUGUGUUCCCGCAAGCACAGCCUGGAGGUGACCCAGGAGGAAGCGCAGCGGGAGCAGCCUCAGCGGGAAGUGACCUUGCAGAGCCUGGAGGAGAGUGUGUGUGAGGCGCCUUCGCUCAGCCGCGCCAGGCCUGUGGAGCAAGGCUGCCUGAAGCGCCCCGUCUCCCGGAAGCUGGGGAGACAGGAGUCUGUGGACGAGCUGGACCGAGAGAAGCUGAAGGCCAAGGUGGUAGUGAAGAAACCAGAGGGCUUCCCAGAGAAACAGGAACCCCACCAGAAAUCCCAUGGACUUGGUAGUGAUUUAGAGAACCUCUCGACUUUUCGGCUAGAAGAGAGAGAGAAAAAGAUAUACCCAAAGGCUUUGGAAAGGUCAAAUCAUUUUGAAAACAAAGUGGCCUUGCAGGAGACCCAGUCCCUGGGCAGUCUACUGAAAGGGGCUCUUCACAAGCAGGCGAGCGUUCGGGCCAGCGAGGGGGUGACCUCGGAAGGGGCAGCGACGGGCCAAGUCCUGGCACCUGGGGAGCACAGCCAGGGCAUCUGUGACUUCAAGCGCACCUCUGCUCCCAGCACCCUCCAGGACACUCUCUGUCACUCCACGGACAGGUCCAGCUCCGCAAAGGGGGACAACCUGGAGAAGGCCCCCCAGGCCAAGGAGUGUCUCCGAUGUGAGAAGUUAGACAGCAAACUGGCCAACAUCGAUUACCUCCGAAAGAAAAUGUCACUUGAAGACAAAGACGACAGCCUGUGCCCUGUGCUCAAGCCCAAGAUGACCUCUAGUGCCCACGAAAGCCUGCCCGGGAACCCAGUCCGGGCCAUGGGUGCACAGCAGGAGGCCCUGCCGGCCUCUGAGAGCCGAGCGUUCAUCAGCAGUGCCCACCCGACGCAGAUCAGUGCUGUUUCUUUUGUCCCUCUCAAGGCCCUAGCCGGCCGGGUGGAUGGUGGAGUGGAGAAGCCGGGCUUGGUUGCUCCCGAGUCACCUGUCCGCAAAAGCCCCUCCGAGUAUAAGCUGGAAGGUAGGUCUGUGUCCUGCCUGAAGCCAAUUGAGGGCACUUUGGAUAUUGCUCUCCUGUCUGGACCUCAGGCCUCCAAGACCGAGCUGCUGUCCCCGGAGCCCGCACAGAGCCCCAGCCCCGCCAGUGAGGUGGGGCCCUCUGUGCCACCGGCUCUCCCCAGCAGCGGGGGCAUGAAGGGUGACACGGCCGGUCAGAGGGAGCCUUCCCCUGCCAGCUUCAGGAUGAGCAAGUCCUACCUGCUGGAGUCCCGGUUCCCGCCCUCCAGCCGGGGUCUCCAGAAUUCACCAGCAGCUCCCUUGCCUGAGCCUGAGCUAAAGCGGGACAGGAAAGCUUCCCAUGCUGCCAGGAGCCCCGUGACAGCCACGGAAAGCGAUCUCCAGCACAGAGAGGGGGGCCCCAGCAAACACCAAGACCACAGCCCCGACACUAAACUCCUCCCCUUCCUGGGGCCGAACCCCCACGGUGCCGACCCGUCCAGGUCACGCAGCCUGCUGCCACCUGAAGGCGCCCCCUCGAGGGAGAAGCUGAGCGGGAGGGAAUCGUCUGAAAGAGGCCCUUCCGUAGCCAGGGGCCAGCGGUCCGCUACCGGGCCUGACUCCCGCAGAGACCCCUCCGUGGAGGUGUGUCCUCCAGCCGCUGCUAAAACCAGUGACGGUUCCAGAAACGCCCCCUCUGGGGGAAGGCCCCGCCCCGACGGCUACACACAGCCCCACCCCACCCCCACGGAGAACGCAUGGGGGCCCUGUGGGAAAACAAGCCACAGAGACGGCCGGCUUGAGGUGAGGCCGCUGGCGAGGGAGGACUCCUCUUCUUCGCCGUCCGCAGGGACUCCUUCCGAGAGGGAGCCCGGCAGAGGAAGAGGUGGUACGGAACCCCCGCCCGAAGUCCCUCCUGCCCGGCGGUCCCUGCAGCCCCCCGGCACUGAGAAUGGGAAAGGAGACCCGCUCUCCGGUUGCCCAGCGUGGCAGAAAGACAGUCCCCAGGAGCCCGAGAGGAAGGAAGAGCUUCUACAGAAGCACGUGAGCAGUAGCUCCCAGCCCGCCCCAGUCACCAAAGAACUGCCGGGCCUGGCCGCUCGGCCGAGCCACUCCUCGGGCAGGGAGCCGGGGGGCGGGCCUGGUGCUGCAGAGCCCGGCCCGGGCCUCCACGGUGCCCCCAAGCCGACCGCAGCGCACAGUGAAGGCGGCGGCCACAAGCCCAGGCCUGGCCCUGACCCGAGCCCUCCGCAGUCUAAGCACCCGGACAGGGCCCCCUCCUCCCAGAAGCCGGGCGGUGGGCCUGCAGCGGGCAGAGAGCCUGGGGCUCAGCCGCCGGGGGGCCCCGGCCGAGAGGGCAAGGGCGGCAGCCAGGGUGUGUUGGAUGCGCUCCCCGCCCUCCCAGGCUCCCAGAACACAGCCGCUGAUGCGACGAGCCAGCGGGGAGGUGGACGCUCCGCUCCGCCGCGCACCGAAGGGGGUCUUGCCGACACCAAGCUGAAACCCGCCAGCGGCGGGCGUCCCCCCGAGGUGCUGGAGAAGCCCGCGCGGCUGCCGUGGCAAGGACACCCCGGAGCUGAGGCGUCGGUAGACCGGCAACCCGCCGCUGCCAGUGAGAGGCAAAACCCGUCCCCAAAGCACCCCAGACCAUCCACUGUGAAAGAUUGCCCACCUCUGUGCAGACCGGCAGACAAGAGUGCGGGUUCGCCGGCCGGCGCCGCCGACGGGAGGUCUGGGGGCAGGCAGUGCAGCGAAGCACUUUGUGUGGCGGCCGACAGCGGGAAGCCCGAGGCCAGCCUUCCCCUGGCGCCCGGCGAGGCCAGGCCGAAGGGCACGGAGAGGCCGGCCGCUGCCGUGGGGAAGGGCUUGCCGGAGGCCAAGGGGCGAGGGCUGAGUCCCCAGAAGCCGCCGACCGAGGCAGGCAAGCCCGGUGGUGGCAUGAGCCGGUCACCCUCGGCCACCGGGCAGAGCUCUCUGCGCCCCGCUGCCCUCCCGGAGAAGCCUCUGAGCCACUCCUCCAGCUUUCCCGAAGCCAGACCCGGGGCGCGAGAGGCCGCUGCGAGCGGCAGUGACGCGUCCUCCGCCAAGGCCGGCGGGGCUGCCGCUAAGGCCCUGCCUGGUGGGGAUGGCCGAACCCCCAUGACCAAGAGCGACUCCUUGCCAUCCUUUCGGAGCCCCACCGUCACUCUGGAAUUGCACCACCCGGGCCCCAGUGUGGCAGGGGGCGCCGGCCACCGGGACAGGGCCUUGGCGGGGACUGCCACCGUGGGAGAAACCAAAGGGCGAGAGCCCGCCCCGGCCCAGCCCCCUCAGACUCGGAAGCAGAACCCGGGCAGAGAGGUCACCAAGGCGUCCCCAGCUCCAAACCCUGAGCGGCCCAUCGCCCUUUCUUCUGAGAAGGACUUUGUGGUCCGGCAGAGGCGGGGGAAAGAGAGUGUGCGUAGCAGCCCUCACAAAAAGGCCCCGUAAUGGGCCAGGCCCCAGGCCGCACUGGGGAGACCCGACCUGAAUGUGUACCUGAGUCUUGACUACCUUUCGAAACCAGCACUGUGGGGGGACGCCCGCGGGCAGAGCCUGGAGCCUCGCCGCCGCCGGGCCGGGCGGGGAGAGGGAGAGAAAGGCAGAAAGUCGGACAGACAGAGGGGACCUUCUUCCAAUUGCCUUCCCGAUUGUUACGGUAAAACUGUUACCAGAUAGUGUUUGUACAAACAGCAACGACAAAAACCUUUACAGUUGAGGGUUGUUGAGGAAAAAGAUUUUCUCUGUAAAUACCUAGCAAUGUGUUUGGUUUGGGAUGUAGAGUCGGUACCUUGCUGCUGAUUGCAUUGUUUACCACAGCUUUCUUUUUUUUUUUUCCAGUUAAGAUUUUUGCUUUACCACUUACCAUAAAGUAGUAAGGAAGCAAAACGGUUAAAAUUGGGUGUAUGGAAAAGUAUAGCUACGCUCCUGUUUGUCUAUACCCAUCCACCCACCUGUUUUUUGGUCUGUGGUUUUAAGAGAAUGUUUCAAUGAAGCUACAUUUUUCUAAGUUGAAACAUUCUAAGUAGAGUUAAAGGUGAAAGAAAGUCCUAGAUACAGUAGAUGGUGAGUUUUCGUGUGUAUUUUUCAAGAGAGACUUUGGUAGUACUGUAUCUGGCUACCUAUGUUUCCAGAUCUGAAAGUAAGAACUACUCUAAUCACUGCAUUUGGAAUCUUCCUCCAUUAGGAAUGGCCGGAGCCAAGGGAGCGAACCAUUUUCACUUCACAGCCAUCCCAGUGGACAUUCUGAUCCUGGGUCCAACUGUCUGAAAGGCCAGUUGUCCUUGUCUGUGGGCGCGUAUGUGGGGUCUUCACCCUUGCUGUAGCGGGGGCUGUAAACACACGUCAACUUUAUUUCUCUUGCUUUCCCUUCUUUUCAUGCUCUUAAACUCAGGCCUUUAUGCUAUGAGUCACUAGUCCAAGAAGCACACAUCUUGUAGUAGUUUUGCACCAGCCCUGCUCUUGAACAAAAAGGAAAAUUCCUGGCCACACACAAAUCUGAGAGUACUUAAAUCGAUUAAGAAGGAUCAGGCAUUGGAAGAGGUUUUAAAUUGCUUUUUUGAGGGGAAAGGGGGCAGAUUUUGGCAUCAUAGCAUAUAUAUUAAUGAAUAAUCAGGACAUCAGAUACAUCUUAAUACAUAGCUGGGGCCUUAUGUUGUAGACGAAGCUUGCUGUUUUUAGCAAGUUCCUGGGUUUCACAUUCAUUUCUGACGCAUCGAGUAGCUCCAUACAUUACAUAACACGAUCUCUUUAUUUGUAUGCAAAAAAAAAAAAAAUACUGUAUUAAUAAAGAGCAGCAUUUUUUUAACAAAAAGACUUGGUGGAGCUAUUUGGUGCUUGAAUGUGUCCUUUUUACUUUUGCUAAGCCUUAUUUAAAUUUUGUAUACCAUGGGAUAUGUAGAAUUCGUCAAAUCAUUUUAGUGCUGAGGGGGUUUUUUUGUUUGUUUUUGUUGCAGUUGUCCUGGUGGCUUGUUUUGUAUUGUAAGACGACACUUGCUGACAUAAGUUCUAAAGGCACUAAGAGAAAAUACACACAGAUAAGUCUUUAUAAGAUGUUUGGGAUCCAUAGCAGGAUAUUUUAUUUUGUUUUUUAAGAGAAAAAAACUUACCAGUAAAUACUAAUUCAGCACCCAAACCCCCUCGGAUGUCUUAGUAUCUUCAAGCUAUAAAAUUGUUCCUCUAAGCACAGCCUGUGGAUUAUAAAUUAUUUAAGCAAGGCUGUAAACCCUUCUCCAAAAAACACAGGCAUAACUUAACUGACUACUUGGUUGUCCUUCAUUGUACAAUGAGUUGGCAAUGGAAAAAAAAAAAAAAAGUCUCCUCCUUGCCCCUGAUUUUUUUUUUUCCCAUGUAGUUUUAGCUCUUCCCCAUCACUACAUUGUGAAAUUGUAGAAGAAACAAAUAUUCUAAAAGAACUCACGUGGGUUUCCAAAGUGGUCUCAACAUUUAUAAUUCAUAUCUGUAUUUGGCGGUUGUCAUAACCCGGUCCUCUGUACUCAGACACCACGGCAGGUCUAUCGGGGAUGUAGUUCAAGGUUUAUAGCCUUUGCUUUUUAACUGUCCAGUUUCCUUUAAAGCACAACUAGCUGCUUGUUUACAAAUGAUAUUUUUAUGUAUAUUUUGUAUAGUGUAUUAUCAUUUUUGCCAAAUACGUUUUUGCAUUUUGGAUGAGUAAAGAGUACUUAAGGUUGCAUUCAUGUAAUACCUGUUUGUUGUUGUAAACCUCUCCGGUCAGCUGGUAGAAAUUCUCCUGUGUUCUAUUUGGUCAGUCUCCUGUGAUUGUAAGAUGUGCUCCUCGGUAGUACUCCCAGCUGUAGAUUUACCAGCUUCAAAGUUUGUUAGGAUCUGUGCAAUAAAGUGUUUGCAGUCUUAUUUUCUCUAAGAAAUUCCCUAUGGAUGUCAUAACUGUUGUAUAUGGAACAAAUAUUUAUACUUAUGCAAUUGCAUAACAUUGAAAUAAAAAUUUA